CGUGUUGAAGACAGUUUCAGUAAAUAAUAUUCAAGGGAGAAGAACGCAUCUUCUGCUGCACCUGAUUCCUACAAGUCAUGAGUGGAUGUCCGUACUUUGAGAAGAGGCAUUUGUUAUUCAAAAACAAGCCUCCCAAAACCGAGGACGAGGACGAUGCCUCCCAGGCAGGAGUUAACAAGGCCAGCAAAGGAGGGAUCAUUUAUGGAGACUAUCUGCAGCUGGACAAAGUCCUCUCCGCUCAGGUGCUGCAGAGUGAGUUAAAGGGUAAUAAGAUCCACGAUGAGCACCUGUUCAUCGUCACCCAUCAAGCGUAUGAACUGUGGUUCAAACAGAUUUUGUUUGAACUCGAUUCAGUGAGAAACAUCUUCAUCAGUGGACAUGUCCGAGACGAACGCAAUAUGCUGAAGGUCAACAACCGCAUCCUCCGGAUCGUGAGGAUAUUCAGACUGCUGGUGGAACAGUUCACGGUUUUGGAGACUAUGACGGCCUUGGACUUUUUUGACUUUAGAGAAUACUUGGCUCCAGCCUCUGGAUUCCAAAGCCUUCAAUUUCGGAUUUUGGAGAACAAAAUCGGGGUCCCGGACAACCUGAGGGUUCCGUACAACCGCCGCCAUUACAGGGACAACUUCAAGGGUCAGGAGAGCGAGAUGCUGCUCGCCACCGAACAGGAGCCGACGCUCCUGAAGCUGGUGGAGGCCUGGCUGGAGAGAACGCCUGGCUUGGAGGCGGAUGGAUUCAAUUUCUGGGAAAGGCUGGAAAUCAAUAUAUUCAAAGGGCUGAACCAGGAGAAGGAGAAAAUCGAGAAAAUGGCAGACUGUGAGGAGAAGGAAGAGCUGAUGGCCGAGCUGCUCAAACAGAAAGAGCUCUUCACUUCUCUGUUUGAUGAAAAGCGCCACGACCACCUGCACAGCAAAGGUGAGCGGCGGCUCUCUUACAAGGCUCUCCAAGGCGCCCUGAUGAUCUACUUCUACAGGGAGGAGCCGAGGUUCCAGGUUCCUUUCCAGCUGCUCACAUCCCUCAUGGAUAUCGACACCCUGAUGACAAAAUGGCGAUACAAUCACGUAUGCAUGGUGCAUCGUAUGAUUGGCAGCAAGGCCGGCACAGGAGGCUCGUCCGGGUACCACUACCUGAGAUCCACCGUCAGUGACCGCUACAAAGUGUUUGUGGAUCUGUUCAAUCUGGCGACCUUCCUGGUGCCUCGUCACUGGGUCCCCAAGCUCAACCCCAACAUCCACAAGUUCCUCUACAUGGCCGAAUGCUGCGACAGCUCCUACUUCAGCAGCGAAGACUCCGACUAGCGGGCCGCUGUCGGGCGUCUCUGUGGCCUUCCAGGUCUUCAAAGGCAGUAGAUGGUUCACGCCGCGGAGAAGAGUCAGGGGCAGUGUGGAGAUGAGCGCGUGAAUCAUCUCGUAGUGAGGAGGGGUUCCAGUUGAGGAAGACGAUGUUGUCAUGACAGAACACCAAGAAGAGCAUCAAUGAUGCAGCAAUUUAGUUUUGGGAUCGUGACCUCCACGUACCUAAAAGACAUGAAAGUAUUGUUGACAUUAAGGUUGAGCGAGGUCAACAAUUGAUCUUUUUCGUCUCUUUGUCGUGGCUAAAUGGGCGAUUUUACUCUAUUCUCUGAUCUCGCCCAGCGACGAGUUAAGCAGAUGGCUCCUUGAUCAAACUUGCUCAGAUGUUUUCUCAACACAAUUAUGUAAAGUAGCUGCGACUGACCUGAAAGCUAAUGGAUCAGUGAGAGGGGAUCAAACCGGCGGGUUUUAACAAACACAUUAUCUUUCAUGUCAGCGCGGACUCGGUGUCAAGAGACACUGUUGAUACCACAAUAAACCUCUGUAUUAGAAAUCAAUGCCAAUAUCUAAAAUAGAACAAUUUAGUAGCUUCUAAAUGUAAAACAGAAACUAUAUCAUUUGUACAUAAUGUUAAUAAUGUGUUUUGUAUAGAAUGCUAUAUUGUAUUCCAUUGAUUGUGAUGUUUAUUUAUGCAGUGAUGAUCUCACUGCAAUCUGGAUACAUUUAUUAGACAUAUCAACCAGAACGUGUAUCUAAUCUUUUUUGUACAUGCAUUUGUCUUAUUCAUAUUUCUCUGCCGUGUUUAUUAGCAUAUAUUAUACAUAAGUCAUUUAUUUUGUUUAAGUCAUCGAACAUUGUGGACGUUUCAAUAAAGACAUUAUUUAAAGUGA